CUCUCCAUGUAUCGGGCGUUUGCAGCGCAGCCAUGGACUCCAACGCGGCGUCCACUGAAAAAUUGCGUAUCUAACGCUCCCCAGCUGCGCUGCAGAGGGGACGAACAGGACGACGGAGUGAGAGAAACGACUAUCGACCUCCGCUGAAAAGUGAAACCGGUCCGUUUACACGACUUCUCUCUGUAGUACCGGAAUCAAGGAGCAGUCCGACAACCAGCUCUGUGUUACGGGUCUCAUUGUGGGUUUGGUCUCUGCUGGUUUGGUAGUGCUACACUGAGAAGUCACAUCAUUAUGGAAUCGGUCAUCAGCAGCCCUGACACGCACAACCUGCCAACUGUCUUCAUCUCAGUCUUCAACUCCAGCUGUCGCUUCGAUGAGGAGUUCAAAUACAUCCUGCUACCUGUGUCCUACAGUCUGGUGUUUGUGUUUGGCUUCAUGCUCAACGCUACGGCUUUAUGGAUGUUCCAAAAGAUGCGUCCGUGGAACCCCAGCACAGUGUACAUGUUCCACCUCGCCCUGUCUGACUUCCUGUACGUCCUCUCCCUGCCCACCCUCAUUUACUACUACGCCAACCGCAGUCACUGGCCCUUUGGAGUGGCCGCCUGCAAAAUAGUGCGCUUUCUCUUUUAUGCCAACCUCUACUGCAGCAUCCUCUUCCUCACUUGCAUCAGCGUGCACCGUUAUCUGGGCAUCUGCCACCCCAUCAAGGCGCUGACUCUGGUGAAGUCUCGUCAUGCCCAUCUGGUGUGUGGCAUGGUGUGGGGUGUGGUGACCGUGUGCUUGGUGCCCAACCUCAUUUUUGUCACCACCUCCAGAAGGGACAAUGACACCCUGUGCCAUGACACAACCAGCCAGCAGGCCUUUGAGGAGUAUGUGGACUACAGCUCUGUAGUCAUGGUGCUCCUAUUUGGCAUCCCGUUCAUGGUCAUCGUGGUGUGUUACUGCCUGAUGGCGCGGACCCUGUGCCGGCCCAGACAGGGAUUAUCUGCCAGCCGGCAGAGCAGUGCCUCACGUCAGAAGUCCAUCAAGCUCAUCAUCGUGGUUCUGGUGGUGUUUGCUGUGAGCUUUGUCCCAUUUCACAUCACGCGGACCCUCUACUACACCUCCCGUGUGUUAAAUCUCAACUGUGAAUUCCUUAACAUUGUCAACUUUACUUACAAGAUCACCAGGCCGCUGGCGAGUGUCAACAGCUGCAUUGACCCAGUUCUAUAUUUCCUGGCUGGGGAUCACUACCGCUCCAAAAUGUUGUCAGUUCUGACAGGAAAAAAACAGACGACAAGCAGCCAAAUACAUGAACAGGCACAAACGCAGCGGAACAAUAACCAUGGAAUUGCUCUGGUCUAUAAGAACUCAGCCCUUAAAGACAGUGGAGAGGUUGAUAGAUAGCAGAAAAUUUCUGCUCAAGGCUAAACUAACAUGUAUAAUGCCAUGUUCAGAAGCGCCUGUUUGUUUUUCUCUUUUUGCACUGAGAGCUUUGGAAGAGAGUUAGCUCACAGUAAAUUUUACUGACAGUAUAUACUUCCAACCUUCUGUUUUUAACAGGCAUAACGAACAUAUUUCAGUUCUGCUCGGCUUCUGUUAUGGUUGUAAGAUGAAGUUCAAGUGGGCUUCUACGAAAGAGUCUGUACCUUUUCCACAAAGGGAUUAUAACACAAAACCCAGUAUACAAUAGACAGUAUUCACAUGGUUGUACAGUGUUCCUCUUUAAGGGAAAUGGUGUCCAUGCAGAAGAAGAGUUGAGUUUCAGUUUGAGGGGAAUAGUAAGUGAAACACGUGAGCGCUGUGACCCAGGUGGUCAAAGGUUCCUUAAAAUAAAUAACAGAUGAUUCAGGCAAUGAAUCAUUGUCAUCUUGAGUAAGGAGAACUAAGUUUGAUUGGACACAAAAUUAUCUAAACAUUAAGAUUCGUAGCAGACAGAGAUGACAGAUAGUCUGGCCAUUGUGUCAGUAUUGAGACAGUUAUGAGGCAAUCCUUCCUGUUUUAUCAACAGUGUCUGCGAGUUACCCAGAAACUGCAGCUACACCCCCUGUUUCCCAGCUGUUUUUGUCCUUCAACCCCAACAGCUGCCUUUUGCUCGACUUUGACGUAAAACAGAGGGGCUGAUCUGGAUAAGACAUAGAUUUUUCAACCCACCCACGCCUCAUUAGAGGAAUAAGGGAUUUUCCUUUUCCCCCCUUUACCUCUGGGAUUGAUACAUGAAAUUGAAAGGCCUUUUUCUAUCAGUAAUCUUAAGUUGAGCUGCUUGAUAGUUUUGCAGGAUGUGAAAGCGAGUGAAAGAGUGUUGCCACAUGAGUUACUUGUUGUAUGUCAUGUAUCAUGAACUGUAUGACACAUAUUAUUACCUGAUGAUGCAGUGAAUCUAACCUGUGUGGUCAGAGAUAUCAUCAAAGUCUAACAUCUUAGUCAACUAACCAUCAUUAAAAGAGCGAUGUAAGUUUAGGCGUAUGGCUCCUCAAGUCUUUAGCCAAACUGAAAUAACUGCACCUGCCGGGACCUUUAUAGAUACACUACAAGUGAUGUUUGUGAAAUGAACGCAGACUGUCUGAGUCAAGCAAGGAAGUCCUGGGGCAGCUGUAAAUACUGUAAAGAUGAGGAAACUGUUUAUGUGAACAAGAAAAAUAUAAACCACUUUUUUUCUUUUUUUCUCACACAGUAAUUUCCCAAAAAAUAACUUCAAAGUUAAAAUACUUAUUGCAUUUCUUCCACACUGUGGAAGAAAUGCAAUAAUAUCUUCUGUGUCUUAUUUACAUUCUGUCUCAGCUUCAUUUCAACUACUCAAACCUAAAACCCUGUAUUUUCAUGGCUGAACUAUUAUAUCUGAAUAAAUUUGAUGUGGUGAGCAUCCCUUUAGACACUG